GUAACCUCCAGGGGAUGCCUGUAUUGUACCCCAUCUCCCCUGCAUCUAGAUCCCUCUGGCAGGCACACUCCUCCAGGCAGGAUCCUGAGCUUGGGGUUGAAGAAGUUCCUUCUCAACAGUCCAUGAGGAACAUUUCCUUCAUAUCAUUCCUUGCAGAGAAGGGCCUCAGGUUGAGAAGAGAUGAGGCCUGCAGGGGAAGGUUACAUGACCUUGGGCCUGUUACUUAACCACUCUCUGUCUUACUCAUCUGUUCCAUUUCAUUGUGAGGAAAAUAAGAUAAUGCGUGUAAACUGUUUAGCCUAAUGACUGACACAUAGUAGGUGGACACUUGACAUGAACUUUUAAAAAGAUGCUGGGAAUAGACAGGGCCCAAGGGUCUUCUUGUUGGAUGUGAGAGCCACGCAGGACUUCCUGUGGGACAAGCCAGGAAAAUCCUGGCACAGUGUGUGUCCCUGGGGAUUGUGGCUAGAGAGCCUGCUCUCCCUAAGAAAGGGAUUGUACAGACUCUGCAGGGUCCUGCUGGCCUGGAAGGCGGAGAGCUGGAGUGAAGCUGCACCAUGUUGGGUUGAAUCCUGACUGAAUCUCUGCCCGGCUCUGGGGCUCUGGGCUUAUGUCAUCUCCCUCUUCAAUGGAAUAGCAAGUCUGUCUGAUAGGACUAUGGUGAAGGCCUUGGGGUGAACUGCAGGGUCAAGGCUGAGGAAGUAGGUGCAGUCAUCCUGUCCAGAGGUCCUGAGAGGCCUGGAGCAGGGGCAGAGCCCGGUCUGGAUGGAGCAAGGGUGGGUCCAGGUGGGAGGAUGGUAGGAAGGCUUGGCAGCGGGGCUGGACUAGAGUGAGGCAGCUGAGGCACCUGGCACAGGCCUGAGGAGGCCAGGGGCCUAGUGGAGGGCUGUGCGGGGGUCAGGGGGACACAUUUCUUCCUUCCCUGACUUGAUCCCCUCACUGCUGGGGGUAGAGGGCCCUGGCUGAUUAUGUCCUCCAACCCUGUCUGCGAGCUGGAGGGCCCCUGACCUCCCUGUGGGACCCUCUUCUAUUCUCCCUGGAGUAACCCUGACCAGAGGGAAGGCAGUGAGGCUUAGUGACUGCUUCCAGUCAGAAUGGUGGCUGCCAAUGUGGUGUAAUCUGAGGGCUUCUGGGUAGAUGCACACGUUCCCACCAUAGAGGACAGGGCUUCCUGCACCAGCUCAUCCAGUAGGGGUCUCAGCCUUAGCGAUUCAUACACCUGCCUUCGUUAAUCCCCUGUCCUUCAUUAUUACAGGGAUGAGGCAGAUGCACUCUAUGCAGACUUGAGCCAGCUGGAAGCACUCAUGGCUGUGGAGGACAAAGACAUGCCCUCAGCAGACCAGCUGUAUGUGGAGAGCUUUAUGAAGGAGUUUCCUCAGGUGAAACAGGACCUUGAGGAACGCAUAGGAAAGCUCUACGCACUUGCGGAUGAGGUUGACAAGGUGCACAAGGACUGCACCAUCACCAAAGUGGCGGCCUCUACCGCCGGCGCUGUGUCUGGCAUUCUGACCAUCGUUGGCCUGUCUCUGGCACCUGUGACAGCAGGGGCUAGUCUGGUGCUUUCGGCAACUGGGGUGGGACUGGGGGCAGCAGCUGCUGUGACCGGUGUGACUGCCAGCAUCGUGGAAGCCUCAAAGAACGCGUCAGCUAAAGCCGAAGCCAGCCGCCUAGUGUCAACCGGCAGUGACACAGAGAAGGUGGUCGAGGAGGUUCUAAGUCGCAGCACACCCAAAAUUGCUUCCUUAGCACCGAAGUGCUUCCAAUCCCUGAAAGAUAUUGUGAAGAAUGCCCGUGCCUUCAACCUGGCCAAAUCCAAUCCUCUCUUAGCAGCUGAGGCCACGCGCUUCUUGAGCACGGGGGCAGUCUCAGCCCAAAGCGGCAAGCAGCUGCAGAAAGCUUUUGGAGGCACUGCUCUGGCCAUGAGCAAAGGAGCCAGAAUCCUGGUAUCAGCCACUGCAGGUGUAUUCCUUAUCAUGGAUGUAGUCGACAUAGUGAAAGAGUCAAAGCACUUACAUGAGGGCGCAAAGGCUGAAUCAGCAGAGUUGAGGCAGGAGGCCCAGGAGCUGGAGAGGAGGUUGGAAGAACUCACCCGCAUUCACACAAGUCUACAGGAGGACCUGACUCCGUGAUCCCCAGACAGUGCAGGGAGCAGGGUGUGUGGGAGACAAAGGCAUGGACUUACCUUGUUAGGAAGCAUAGUAACCUCCAUCUUGGGUAAAAACUGCCAUUUAAAACUUUAACCCUGCUAUUUUGGCUUCUGUAAACGUUUGCGGCUUAAAUAAUAGGGAAAAAUAAGACUACUCCCAUUCCAGAGAGGACAUAAACUAUGCCCCAGACAGAGCUGUCAGUGCUGGCGCCAGGCCAGGCCUUGAGGUCUGGUGUCACAGCCCAGGUCCAGCACACAGGACUUCUUCUCAGAGGGUCUGGAAGUCUUGUUCCAAAUUCAGAAGACAAAAAGCAGAAAAACAUAUAAAUGGAAAGAACUUCCACCAUAUUGGACCCCAGAAUUGGAGAAGCAAUAUUUCCUCUGGGCCUGCUAGUGCUAGCGAAAUGAAAAAGACUCCAAAUAAAUUUGGCUUAUUGAUGAAGGCAGUGGUUCUCAACCUUGGCUGCACAUAGAAUCACCUGGGAAUCUUUUUAAAAUCCUGAUUUCUGGGCCUCAUCCUCCAGA